GCAGCUUUAUGGGGCAGCAUGACGCUGUGUUGGGAAGAGAAAAAUUGCCUUAUCUAAAUUCAUCAAGAGGGAGACAGAAUAACUUAAAUCGUGAAAACACCCUGUCGGUUGUCCUCACGCACGAGAAGGACGGCUCCUGGUCAGACAACCACAUAUAACGCCCAAAGCGUCCUCACCCUCGGUACGAAACCGCCCAAGCGAAUAACGUCUGCGGCCAUGUCUCAGGAAUCAUCAACAUACUGCAGAAACCGAAUUGACAGCAUGCCAGUCCAAGGGACCUUGUCGACGCGGGCUACCAGUCCAGAUCGCUUGUUCCGAGCACUCAGGAACAAGCUUGGGCCUGGGGGAUUCGCCGUUGAGGUUCGCCACGACAAGUACAACAUCAGAGCUGCAACACCGCUUGAGAUCAGUUGCGAAGGGCAUAACCCGAUCAUUAGCUGAGGGAUAGAAGACGGCAGUAUGCACACCCAUCACCUCUAGAAUUUGGCCUUUGAGAUCAUUUGUUUUUUUGGUGUUUAUCGGUAAAGAUGAAGGUCCCUGUUGCUGUGCUCUAGAUCCUUUGUUUUUCAUGGCUUCGGGGAAGAAGGAAAGAUUGGGGGCAGGGGUUGACUUAUGGCACGAGAGAUUGCGCGUGACAGGAAUCCACUAACAGCCAAGAAGAAUGAUAAAGAUAUUGUUCAGCAGUGUCCCAAGCAGUCAAUUUAGCACAGCUUGCAAAU